GCAUGGGCCAGUUUGAUGCGCUCGUCGGCGUCGGGAGCGAUCCGGAGACGCAAAUGCUCUUCCUCUUCGAGCUCAUUGAGGCGCUCCAUCUGCACCAAGAAGAAGAGGACGAAGAAGCGCAUGACCGUCGACGAUGGCGAUGGCGACGACGAUCCGCUUCCGACGUCGCCGCUGAUCGAGGUAUCGACCUUGACCAACGUGCUCGUGCAUGCGUACUAUUGCCCGACGACGAUGCUCCUCGUACUCCGCGCCAUGAACGCGCUCUUCGACACGGACCCGGCCUUUGCGAAGGACCCGUCCUUGAACGUGCACGUCGUCGAGACCGUCCUCUGCGCGGCCAUGAGCCUCCACGACACCGACACGACCGAGCAGGCACUGCGUUGGUCGCGCGCACUGGCCCGUGACCGCCCAUCGUGGGUCCUCACGUCCGGCGCAGCGUACCUCUUCCUCUCGACGCUCCAUGGCACGCACGUCGCGACCAAGAAGCGCGUCUUGGAGCUCGCUGUCCGCGCGGCCAACGUCGACGCGUCGCCCGAGCAUGCAACAGCGCUCCUCGCCAUGGCCGAUACCGUCGUCAUCGAGUAUGCGAACGAUCCGGACGCGACGCUUGCCGCCCUCGCGAUGCAGUGGACCACUGAUGCGCUCAUGCUCGUCUUCGUGACCGAUAAAAGCUACCUCGCGGCGUUCGCUCACGACACGGCCGUGGUCUCCUUCUGGCGCGACGCCUUUCCCCGCUGGUCGCACGCGCAGCAGCGCUCGAUCCUUGGGUUCCUCGAGUACCUCGUCCCCGUUUUCUCCGAUGGCAUGCUCUCUGCGUGGUGCGAGGUCCUCGCCACAUACUGCUUUGCCCCUCCCAGCGACAACGCGCCAACGCUCGCGUACUACGACAUGAAGGCGGCUGCAAUCGCCGUCCUCGCCAAGAUGGCUGCCUUGCGCGAAAGCAGUAUCGUACCCCGGGCUCCGUACGAGCCCGAGUGGUCGUGCAGUGAGUGCACGAUGCUGCAACCCAUGGCGUACACGUUCUGUGGCGUCUGCGGCGCGCCCCGGGUGCCCACGCACUUUGAGAUGCAGCAGCAAGAAUGGCUCAUCCGCAAGCUCCGCUACGACCAAGUGAUUGCGGGCUACGCGACAAGAACGUCGUGCGAGGACGAUGCGAGUGAUGCGACGCUCGCGCCCCGGAUCGCGCCGCUGUUUGCCGAACCGAUGGGCCACUAUUUGGAGUACGAGGCGCAAGAGAUGGCACUUCUGCUCGGACUCCCUCUCUACAUGCAGCUGCUUCCGCCCGACGACGCUUCCGGGUGGCACCGCGUGUGCCUCGGUCUCGGCAUCCUUCGCGUCACGGGUCGCCACGAUGAGUGGGUCGCCGACCAGAUUGCGCAGCUCCAAGCAAGCAUGAAGGACCCGCACCUUCUUGUGCGUCAUGGUCUCGUCGCGGGUGAGCCGACGCACGCGCUGUUUAACCUGGUCGCGCAACUCUCGACCGAGAACGACGUGCACUGCCACGACGCGCUCUACGAGGCGAUCGACGCGGCGUGCGUCACGCAGCCGCCGACGCUGUACGAGAUGACGGCGAGCGGCUGGUUUUCGAUGCUGCUGACGCGGUCCAAGGCGGCGCCGUGGCUACCGCACGCGGUGGAUAUCCAGCAAUUCGCCGCCGAGCUUUCGUUUGCGCCAAUUGACGGCCACUGGCACGAGACCCCGCUGCGCCUCCGUCUUCGUCGAUGCGAUGGCGUUGUCGACGUCACCGCGCACCCGCUGACCUCGGUGCAGCACGUGCUGUCAUCGGUCAAGCACCUCGUGUCGGCCAAAAAGGCGGAGGCGCGUUUGCUCCCGUCCACCGAGGCGCUCGGGUACCUUGUAGCGGGCGGGCGGACGUGCGCGCCAUCAGACUCAGUCCUUGUCGCGGCGCUUGCGGCCUCGCCGAGCGAUCUCUACGCAGGCAUGGUUGAAUUGGACAUGGUCGAAACCGCGGUGCCGCCGACGGCGCCACUGACGUGGCUGCGCGCGCAAGAGGCGCUGGCAGUCAUGCCGCGGUUGACGCAGACGUUUGGGACGAUGGUCCAGGAAGAGUGGCGCCAGCUCUCACGCGUCGUGCCUGCGGCCGUCGCUUCGAUCCUCGAAUUGCAGCCGACGGCCGUGCCCCUAUCGCUCCGCAGCAGCUUUUUUCUCGGCUCAAAAGCCCAGCGCAAGACCCGCGAGGAGAUUAGCGGACGCACGUCCAUUUCCGUGGCGCGCGAUGAACUAUUCACCAACAAGACGUGGACGACAGUGCCACCGUCCAGUGUGCUCUAUGUGAGCUUCGACGGCGAAGCCGGCCACGGCGUCGGCCCCACGACCGAGUUUUACACGCUACUGGCGCGGGCGUUCACGGCACCGACGCAACGUCUCUGGCGCGCUCCCGACGCGCCACUCUUCCCCGCACCCCACCACGCUGCGCUCGAGGGCAGCAGCCACACGUUGCAAGCAUUCGAGACCUUGGGCCUCGCGCUGGGCCGCGCCUUCCUUGAUGGCUACUCGCUCGACUUGCGCAUCUCUACAAGCCUUCUCAAGCUGCUCCAGGGCGAGGCGCUGGGCUGGGACGACGUGCUUGACGUGGACGCGUCGUUGUAUUCCUCGAUACAGCGCCUCGCGACGGUCGAGGACGUUGCUUCGCUCGGGCUCUACUUCAACCUCCCGGGCGUCGACAAGUACCCGCUCUGCGAUCAGGGCUGUGACCGGCCCGUCACGCGUGCCAACCGCGACGAAUACAUUGCGCUCGUCAAAGACCAUCUCGUGCGCGUCAGUGUCGCGGGUCCGAUUGCUGCGCUGCGCCGUGGCUUUGCCGCGUGCUUGCCGGUGCACACGUGGCAAUACUUUACACCCGCCGAGUGGCAGACGCUCUUGCAUUGCGAUCUGCCGUGGACACGCGACGAGCUGCAGCGCGGUCUCUGCUGCAGCGCGGGGUACGCGUGGGAAUCCGACCAGAUCCAGUGGCUCGUGGAUGCUCUGGUGACGCUUUCGGCGUUGGAGCGCGGUCAGUUUCUCCUCUUCGUCACGGGCAGUCCGUGCCUGCCGCUGGCGGGCUGGUCGGCGCUGGGCCUCACGGUCGUGCCAGCGACGUCGGCCACAGGUCGGUGCACGAACGGAAAGGCAUUGUCGGUUGACGGCGACGUAGACGCCUCGCUGCCGUCGUGCAACACGUGCCAAAAGUACCUCAAGCUACCUCGGUACUCGUCGCGCGACGUCUUGGCCGCCAAGCUCCGCGUGGCGUGCACCGAAGGCCAAGCGUACUUUGCAUUGGAUUAA